UCGCAGGCCGAGCUCAGCAACAUCGUGGGACUCGCCGAGCCCGACGGCGACGACCCCGACGAUAUCCUCAAGCAGCUCGGCGAAACCGCCUUCGACAACUUCGACACAUUCUUUACCGACCUCACCAACUCCACCGCGACGCCCGUGCCGCCCAUUGAAAUUAAGCAAGAGGAAAACAACAAUAUAUCGCCGGCGUCGGGGAGUCAAAUACAAGGGCAGUACUACCAACAAAGUCAGAUUGCCGCGCCCCACAACGGACAGCAGCGGCUACAACAGUUGCUGCGGUCCGGAACUAGCGCCAUCAACAAUGCCGUGGCGAAUAAUAUAAGCAAUGGUCGCUACAACAUUGCAUCCGCGAAUCCUCUUCUCGCGGAGAAACUUGCCGCGACAUCUAGCGGCAUAAAGCAAGAACCCAUGAGCACGGAUUACAACGGAACGGGAAUGAGUUAUGGAAACGCUUCGCCGAUGCAGCGAGUGCCGAGUGGGAAGCCGCAGGUGCAUGAUGCUGGUGGAGGUAAAGUGGACGGCGAGCCGGGGUCGCUGGCGCUGGGUGCUCGCGGGUCGCUGGGUCGCGCACUGCUGCACGGUCUGCUGGCGCCCGCGCCCGCGCCUAGGCAUCACCACCUCUACACUGCGCCCAACACUGGGUCGCUACCUCCAUCUCCGGCGGACAGCGGUGUAUCGGACGUGGAAUCAUCGUCGUCAGGUGCGGGGUCGGCAGAGGAGCUGAAAGCGCGCCUGCAGCCGCCACCACCCGCGCCUUUCCCUGCGCCCUUCCUGCCCUUCUACCCACACCACCAGCUCGCCUCCUCGCUGCAGCACCAUGUCGCCACGCACACCAGGCCACCGGUGGGUGCGGUGAACGAGCGCGAGGCGUACGGCUACGGGUACGGGGGCGGGGAGGAUUUCAAAGUCUAUGUAGGCGACGAUCUCAUGUCCGGCUUCUUGAACGAAUCCAGUGCCCGUUCCAUGUGA